GGCGUGGGCAGCUGGGGGCAGGCUUCGCCGAUCCCGGAGGCGCGCGCUGGCGGGUGGCCCUCUGGCUGGCCUCGGGGACUGCACCCGGCCGGGGCUCUGGGCGCCACCCGGCCACAGCUCCAGAUGCGGGAGCCAUGGAGCUGAGCUGCAGUGAAGUGCCUCUUUACGGACAGAUGACGGUCUAUGCAAAGUUUGGCAAAAAUGUGUAUCUUCCUGAAGAUGCUGAGUUUUACUUCAUUUAUGACGGAUCGCAUCAGAGACAUGUGGUAAUUGCUGAGCGCAUCGAGGAUAACGUUCUCCAAUCCAGCAUUCCAGGCCACGGACUUCAGGAGACGGUGACAGUGUCUGUGUGCCUCUGCUCGGAAGGUUACUCCCCGGUGACCAUGGGCUCUGGCUCAGUGACCUACGUGGACAACAUGGCCUGCAGGCUGGCUCGCCUGCUGGUCACUCAGGCUGACCGUCUCACAACCUGUAGCCACCAGACACUGCUGACCCCGUUUGCUCUGACAGCAGAAGCACUGCCGGCCUUGGAUGAGGAGCUUGUGUUGGCUCUGACCCAACUAGAGCUACCUCUGGGCUGGACGGUCCUAGGAAACUCUUCACUUGAAGUAUCUCUACACAAAGAGUCUCUCCUGCAUCUGGCUGUGAGAUGGGGCCUGACUAAGCUUUCCCACUUCCUCUUGUGUCUCCCGGGGGGCCUCCAGGCCUUGGCACUACCCAAUGAAGAGGGUGCCACACCCUUGGACUUGGCUUCACAUGGUGGACACUCCGUGCUGGUGAAAGACAUUGCAAAUUUUCAGGGCACCCGUUCUCCAGGCUUCUCCCGAGUGUGGCUCAAGGAAGAUGCCUCUCUGCAGUUGGCUCACUCAUCUGAAACAUUGACUCUCACUGUUAACCACACAGCUGAGCAUUUGCUGGAGGCGGAUAUCAAACUCUUCCGGAAAUACUUUUGGGACAGGGCCUCUCUUGUUAAGGCUUUUGAGCAAGAAGCCAGGCCAGAGGGAAGACCAACCAUGCCUUCUGGAGCUGUAGAAAGUGAAAACGAGGUUAAGAAUUUGGAGUCUGACAGAUCACCCCUAGAGGAGGAGGUUGGAAAGUGCGUCAAAAGCCAGGUGGAUCCACUGAAUGAACAAGAAGACCCUGAAAGCCUAGAUUUGGAUCAUUCAUUUGAUGGUGUCAGAAAAUCCAAGAUUGCCCCUACUUUUCCUGCUACAGGACAGCUCUCUGAUAUGCUGAAUGGAGGUGACGAAGUCUAUGCUAACUGUAUGGUGAUAGAUCAGGUUGGUGAUUUGGAUAUCAACUAUAUUAACAUAGAGGGACUCUCUGCCCACACCAGCCCUGACUCCAUGGGGUCCACCCUAGGGUCUCAGGCUUGCAAACAUGUCCUUCCUCCUGGCCCCAGUCCCCACAUGCACCCACUUGGUGGGGACCGAGAAGGGAUAGCAAACACCGUGGCCCUGCAGCCCUUCAUGUCACCAGCCAGUUCUUGCACUUCCAAUUUGAGUCUUUCUUUCGGUCUUCAUGAAUUCGAAAAGGAACAGAAUCAUCUAAAGAAAAGAAGUUCCAGCCUGGACGCCCUGGUUGCUGACAGUGAAGGGAAGGGCAGUACUGAGCAGCCACAUGUUUGCUACACUCCCGCCUCUCAGAGUUCCUUGGGAACUGGGAUUCCCAGCGGGGAUGAACUGGACUCUUUAGAGACCAGUACUGAGCCAGAUUUUAAUAUCUCCAGGACCGAAUCACUUUCUCUAUCAAGUAAUCUGCAUUCAAAGGAAUCUGUGCUUUCUGGAAUCCGCUCACGUUCUUAUUCCUGCUCCUCACCCAAAAUCUCUUUGGGAAAAUCUCGGCUAGUGCGAGAUUUUAUGGUGUGCAAUUCAAGUGAAGAGCAAAGAGCAUAUAGCUUCCCAGAACCACCAGGAGAGAAAAGAAUUCAGGAAGAAGAAUGGGAUAAAUACAUCAUUCCUGCCAAAUCGGAGUCUGAAAAAUAUAAAGUGAGCCGAACUUUCAGCUUCCUCAUGAAUAGGAUGACCAGCCCUCGGAACAAGUCUAAGAUGAAAAACAAGGAAGCUAAAGACAAAGAAAAACUGAAUCGACAUCAGUUUAUCCCUGGAACAUUCUCUGGGGUUCUUCAGUGUUCUGGUUGUGAUAAAACACUCCUGGGGAAAGAGUCACUCCAGUGUGCCAACUGUAAGGCAAAUGCACACAAGGGCUGUAAAGAUGCUGUACCUUCAUGUACCAAGAAGUUCCAAGAGAAAUAUAACAAGAACAAACCACAGACCAUCCUUGGAAGUUCCUCAGCUAGAGACGUCCCACAGCCUGGGCUCUCCUUGCACCCUUCCUCCUCCAUGCCUAUUGGACUGCCAGCUGGAAGGAAGGAAACCACAGGGCAGGUGCAUCCGUUGUCCAGAAGUGUUCCAGGUACCACGCUGGAAAGCUUCAGGAGGUCAGUGACAUCCUUGGAGUCUGAGGGUGACAAUAACAACUGGCGAAGCAGGUCUCACUCUGAUGAGCUAUUCCAGUCUAUGGGCUCCUCGCCCUCCAUGGAGUCAUUCGUGAUGGAAGAUGUCGUGGAUUCGUCUCUGUGGAGCGACCUGAGCAAUGAUGCCCAGGAGUUCGAAGCUGAAUCUUGGAGUCUCGUGGUGGACCCUUCAUUCUGUAGUAGGCAGGAGAAGGAUGUCAUCAAAAGACAGGAUGUCAUUUUUGAGCUGAUGCAGACAGAGAUGCAUCACAUCCAGACCCUGCUCAUCAUGUCUGAGGUCUUCAGGAAAGGCAUGAAAGAGGAGCUGCAGCUGGACCACAGCACAGUGGACAAGAUCUUCCCCUGCUUGGACGAGUUGCUGGAAGUCCACAGGCAUUUCUUCUUCAGCAUGAAGGAGCGCAGGCAGGAAUCCUGUGCUGGUAAUGACAGGAAUUUUGUGAUCCACCGAAUUGGAGAUAUUCUGGUACAGCAGUUUUCAGAAGAAAAUGCAAGUAAAAUGAAGAAAAUUUAUGGAGAAUUCUGCAGUCAUCACAAAGAAGCUGUGAAUCUCUUUAAAGAACUCCAGCAGAAUAAAAAGUUUCAGAAUUUUAUUAAGCUCCGAAAUAGCAAUCUUUUGGCUCGACGCCGAGGAAUCCCAGAAUGCAUCCUGCUGGUCACCCAGCGCAUCACAAAAUACCCAGUCUUGGUGGAGAGAAUACUGCAGUACACAAAGGAACGGACUGAAGAACACAGAGACCUGUGCAAAGCUCUUGGCUUAAUUAAAGACAUGAUCGCAGCUGUGGAUCUGAAAGUCAGCGAGUAUGAAAAGAACCAAAAAUGGCUUGAAAUCCUAAGUAAAAUCGAAAACAAAACAUAUACAAAGCUCAAAAAUGGCCAUGUGUUUAGAAAGCAGGCCCUGAUCAGUAAAGAAAGGACUCUCUUACACGAUGGGCUUGUUUACUGGAAAACCGCUACAGGUCGUUUCAAAGAUAUUCUAGCUCUACUUCUAACAGACGUGCUGCUUUUCCUACAAGAAAAAGACCAGAAAUACAUCUUUGCAGCUGUUGACCAGAAGCCAUCAGUUAUUUCCCUUCAGAAGCUUAUUGCUAGAGAAGUUGCUAAUGAGGAGAGAGGUAUGUUUUUGAUCAGUGCUUCAUCAGCUGGUCCUGAGAUGUAUGAAAUCCAUACCAAUUCCAAGGAGGAACGAAAUAACUGGAUGAGGCGGAUCCAGCAGGCAGUAGAAAGUUGCCCAGAAGAAGAAGGGGGAAGGACAAGUGAAUCUGAUGAAGAGAGGCGGAAAGCUGAGGCCAGAGUGGCCAAAAUUCAGCAGUGUCAAGAAAUACUCAGUAACCAAGACCAACAAAUCUGUACAUAUUUGGAAGAAAAGCUACAUAUCUAUGCUGAACUUGGGGAACUGAGUGGCUUUGAGGAUGUCCACCUGGAACCACACCUCCUCAUCAAGCCUGACCCAGGAGAGCCUCCCCAGGCAGCGUCCUUACUAGCAGCAGCACUGAAAGAAGCUGAGAGUCUUCAAGUUGCUGUGAAAGCCUCACAGAUAGGUGAUGCAAGUCAGUCAUCUGAGGAAGGCUGUGGAGAGUCAGUCUCAACCGACACCCUCAGUUCUCAGGAUGUACCAACAUCACCGACUGCUUCACUAGUCACAGAAGGGACAGAAGGAAGAGGCUGUUGGGAUGUGGAUCCUGGGCUCCAGGGUGUGGUAACCGACUUGGCGGUCUCUGAUGCAGGGGAGAAGGUGGAAUAUAGAAGUUUUCCAGGUUCUUCACAGUCAGAGAUUGUACAAGCUAUACAGAAUUUAACCCGUCUCCUCUAUAGCCUUCAGGCUGCUUUGACCAUACAGGACAGCCACAUUGAGAUCCACAAACUGGUUCUACAGCAGCAGGAUAACUUGGCCCCUAGUCAGUCCUUCCGAAGUGGCCUCUUGCAGGACCAGGAGAAAUCGCGCCACUUGGAGAAGCAGCGUGAGGAGCUGGCCAACAUCCACAAGCUUCAGCACCAGUUCCAGCAGGAGCAGCGGCGCUGGCACCGCACAUGUGACCAGCAGCAGCGCGAGCAAGAAGCCCAGGAGAGCCGGCUGCAGGCACGGGAGCGUGAGUGCCAGUCACAGGAAGAGAUGCUGUUGCGGAACCGCAGUGAGCUGGACCACCAACUCCAGGAGUACCAGCAGAACUUGGAGCGGCUACGGGAGGGCCAGCGGCUGGUGGAGAGGGAGAGAGAGAGGAUGCGUGUCCAGCAGGGCUUGCUGGGCCACUGGAAGCACAGUCGCCAGAGGAGCCUCCCUGCUGUCUUCUCUCCUGGGAGCAAGGAGGUAAUAGAACUUAACCGAUCUGAAAGUUUGUGUCAUGAUAAUUCAUUCUUCAUCAGUGAAGCUUUAGCUCACAUGUCACUUAACACUUUCAAUAAACCAAAUCCACCAGAUAACCCUUCGGAUGCCGCUUACCCCCUACAUGUAUCUAAUUCUGACUUGAUAAGAACUAGUGACAGUCAAACAGACCUGAAGAUAAACAUUUCUCAGCCUUCAGAUGUCAACCAUGAACUCUGGACAGCUAUAGGACCCAGUCAUCAGAUACCUACUCUCCAAGAAAGCAGCAAGGAUUCUUGUAAAAAUGAUUUGGACUCCUUCCAGACAGAGUCGCCAGCCCCUCAGGACUCAAAUCCACAUGGCCCUCAGCCACAAACACUUAGAGCAGAAGCAAAGCUAACUCUACAGAUGGUGGCCAGACAAGGUGGGGAUGCCGGAGAUGGAGCUGAAGAAAACAUUGUUUACCUCUGACUGUGUGGUCACUAUUUUUCCAAACAAAUAAACAAAAAAAUUGGCACUUUGGGGAGAACCUUUUCCCCCGGCCCCAUUUCUUGUGUGUGUGAUUGUCUGUGCCCAAAUUGCUUUAAGAAUAAUAUUUAAUAUUUCAUGCAAGUUCAUUUCUUGGCAUGAACCUAAUAAUUAAAUUAUUGAAAACAGCUCUGUUUAUAUCAUCUUUAACUUAUCAUGCCUACUUUCAGGUUUCUGAAGAAGCUAACUUGAAUAAGCCCAAAUAUGUUAAAUGUUUUGACUUUAGAGUAAAAUUUCAUACUGCAUUUUGUACCCAUUCAUCUGCAUUUUGAAUUGCUGUUUAAGAUCAAGAUGAAGCAAUUUCAAUUUAAAAUCUGCUGUCACAGUGGUUGCUUGCUGAGAGUGGCCUUGAGAACCCAAAAGGCAGAGGAGGGUGUGGGAAGGGACUUUCUCAGCCAGCUUCUGUUCAGAGCAUCAAAGUUGGAGAACUGUCAUAGUCACCAUGCAACCCAUGUGUCCUGUCUAAAUGCCUGUUCUGACCAAGCAGCCACCAUACAGGAACAGUCUGGACACACUUAGGACCUGAACCACAUGGUUUGUGGCUCACUUUCUUCUAAUAUUGAUGGUUCCACGUCUCUUCAGUAGCAUCUUUCAGCCCAGACCAGCGCCUCCAACAUGCCAAUUUUGCUGUAAAUAGUAAAACUCCGUGAUAGCUCUUGCAUCUGUCAGCUGGCCUGGAGUGGGUGCAGAGGACCAGCAUUCACUGGAAGGAACCACACUGCACUUCUUUAAGGACAAAAUGGCUAGUUCCUGGUGAAGCAUGCUGCCUGAGUGGGCUUUUCUACAAAGGGGCGAAUGGCACUACUUGCUGUCAGAGUAACAUGGAUCUCUGAAAAAAUAAAGCCAGGAAAUGUUCUCCUGUUGUUCUUCAGAAAUAUUUGUGUAUGUUUUGGUCAGUGUCAAUAAAUAUCUUU